CGUACGGUGUGGCGUUCUUUUUUACAAACUAGUUCCUAGAAUUAAUCGCCGAAAUCAAAUUACUAUUAUAAGCUCGUACCAAAAUGUUUUGCAACAACCAUUCCGGCAUCCGGAAGGAUCAAGUUACUUCAAAACCCUUGUUUCAGUAUUUGACCGAUUUUUUUAAAAACCCAGCGCGCCCUGCAACGGACGACAUUGGCGCCUACCGCGACUAUGUGCAGCAGCAUGGACCGUCUGUAGAUGUAGUGGACGGAGGUAAAUGUAACGAAAAAGCUGGCGCUCUUCGCCGCGAAGGUAAUCGGCUGUACCUGAAGAAGCGUUUCAAGCCGGCGCUUGAAAAAUACAACGAAAGCAUUUGCUGGGCACUAGGUGAUUCCGAAGAUCUGGCACUUGGUUACGCAAAUCGUUCAGCAAUUUACUAUGAACAAGGGGAAUAUGAAUUGUGCCUGGCCAAUAUAGCUCUUGCUCGGAAACAUCGAUACCCGGAACUGCUACAACCAAAAUUGCAGACACGAGAACAAAACUGCAAACAGAAAAUUGCCACAGGUCAUUCUAGAUGUAAUUACCAUUUUUCAGCUCUUGAUUUUAAGGCGAAAGUUAACGAUAAGAUACCUGCAGUGGCCAAAGAUAUUAUAAUGAAACAGAUGCCGGAGUGUGGCAGAGGGUUAGUGGCAAAUCGAGCAUUUAAAGUAGGAGAAGUUAUUCUUCAUGAGCAACCAAUUAUGGCUGCCAUAGAUACUCAGGUGAAAUAUUUGAACUGUGAUUUCUGCUCAAACGAGAACUUUCACAGCCUGAUUCCGUGCCCGAAGUGUCCUUCAGUUAUGUUCUGUAACGAGGAAUGUCUAGAGAACGGUCAAAAGUACAUUCACCGUUUUGAGUGCGGCAUUUCCGAGAAGCUUCAUCACAUUCGUUCGGACGAUUAUUUGGGAAUUCGUAUGUUUUUCUACGGUUUGAGCCUGUUCGAUGGUAAUGUGGGCAAAAUGAUUAAAUUUUGUAAAUCCCGCCCAAAAACGGAAGUCAAUCCACUAAAAUUGGACUUUAAAAAUCACGAUCGCUUGAAAGAGUUCGAACUCUUCCAUAGAGUUGAAAAUAACAACGAAGGCUACUGCGACGAGGAAAUGUACGAAACAGCAUUCCGUUUUUUAACGGCUAUCUACUACAAGAUCUACAUGACCCAGCCUCAGAUUAAGUCCAUCUUUGUACAAAGACGGUAUAAGAAUUUUAUGCUCAGUUCACUGUUGGACUAUAUGCGCACCGCACAUUUUAUGGCAAUCGGUCCCGGCGACAAGUACACCGAACAACUGUUCUCAUUUGCGUCGUUGUGUAACCAUUCCUGCGAUCCCAACACGCUGUCACUUUACUGGUCUGGUCAGCUAAAAUUCGUCGUUUUGCGACCGAUCUCGAAAAAUGAAGAAAUUCUCAUCUCAUACGGACCACUCUACUGCGAGCAUACAGCUGCUGAUCGACACUAUCUGACGACACGCAUGUUCUUCGAAUGCAUUUGCGACGCUUGUGACCCGAUUAGUAACGCGUUCACAUUUAAAUGUAUGGUAACAGAAUUGCUGUACCCAGCACUUGCAGAUAUGCACAUGUGCCCGAAUCCGGCAAUUAUGCUACUGACGGAUAAGUUGCGAAAACUAAGGAACGACAUUGAGGUAUAUUCAUUUGUUCACCCACGGGAUGAUUUUUAUGCUGUCUUGGACGACUAUCGCCAAUGUCUAACAUGGGCGUUUGUGGCGGAAAUUGAUUCUUCGUUGCGGGCAAAACACGUUAGAUGAAUUUGUUUACAUUUUCACCGAUUUUCUUUUCUUUACGAACUUUGAACUUUAACUAUCGCGUCAAUUGAUUAACAUUUUAAAUGAAUUAUCUGCUCCAUGAGGUCAAAUGAAUUCAACAAAAAUGUUAAUUUUCCAGCAGAUUUACUCACUUUAAGCAAAUAUGGUUUAGUACUAUCUGAUAGUUUUAUUUGGAUAGUUUCAGAUACUUGGCUGAGCCAAUUAAUUAAUAAUUCAUUCGCAGGUCUGUAGCUUGAACUGUUAUUUUUAUAUACC